AUGCUAAUAUCAAGCCGCCGUAUAUUUAAAUCAGUAUAUUUCGAAAUGCAACGUGCGGUCACACUGUCAACCACCACAUUAACCCACGCAGCAGCAGCGGCGGCAGUAGUAACAACAACAACAACAAAAAUUACGCGAUAAACAAAAACGAAGCCGAAUUUUUGGCAAUAUUAAACGCUAAAUGAGUGUAGCAAAUACCGGCGCAGCAUCGCAGGAUGCCUGCUACAUAUCGCUCCUAGGACUUGCCGAAUACUUUCGCACCUCACAGCCACCAAACAUCAAGAAAUGCAUACAAUGUUUACAGGCGCUCUUCACUUUUCAGCCGCCAUCCAAGGUGGAAGCACGCACACAUCUGCAAAUGGGACAAGUUCUAAUGGCCUACACUUGCAACAUCAAUUUGGCGCGACAACAUCUGGAGCAGGCGUGGAACAUCUCAGAGCCGCUCAUGAAUUUCGACGAUGUGAAAUUCGACACUGCCUCGCUGCUCGCCCAGCUGCAUCUGCAAACGGAGCAGAGUUCGCACGCCAAAGCGAUGCUUCGACGCGCUGUCGAAUUAUCCCAAAACAAUGUCUAUUGGCAUUGCAAACUGUUGCUGCAAUUGUCCCAAAUUCAUGCCAAUGACCGGGAGUACUCGCUGGCCAGCGAUCUGUUGGCUGUGGGCGCCGAGUCUGCGGAGGAGGCGGGUGCCACGUACCUUAAAGUGCUCUUUCUGCUCUCACGCGCAAUGAUCCUGAUGAUCGAACGCAAGACAAACGAUGUGCUGGCGUUGCUCAAUUCAGCGGGUCAAAUCAUUGACAAUAACAUACCCAACCCGCACCAGAAGGAGUAUCUCAAAGUGUUCUUUCUGGUGCUGCAGGUGUGCUACUAUCUAGCUUUAGGUCAGGUGAAAACAGUGAAACCCAGUUUGAAGCAGCUUCAGAUGUCCAUACAAACAAUAAUGGCACCCAAUUGGCCCAGUGACGAAGUCAUCUUUGGCUCCAAUCAGCUGGAGAUGUUUGUGUGGCUGCCCAAGGAACAGUUGUAUGUGCUUGUCUACCUGGUCACCGUGUCUCACUCAAUGAUGGCCGGCUACAUGGACAAGGCGCAAAAGUACACGGAGAAAGCGCUGACGCAAAUCGAGAAGCUGAAACUGCAAGAGGACAAGUCCAUAUUAUCCGUCUUCAAAGUGAUUCUGCUCGAGCACAUUGUCAUGUGUCGCAUGGUCAUGGGCAACCGGGAACUGGCCAUACGUGAAAUUGCAGCCGCUCGCGAUGUGUGUUUGGCGUCGCCGCAUCGCAAUCUUCUCAAGCGGCAUUCGGCGCAGUUGCAUUGUUUGAUCGGUCUGUAUUCCAUGUCCACGAGCUUCUUUGAGCAUGCGGAACGACAGUUUCUGGUGUGCGUCAGCGAGACAAGCGAACGUGAUCUGAAGCUGUUUGCCAACCUCAAUCUGGCCAUCAUUUAUCUGCGCACCAAACGGGAGGCGGAUCUCAAGCAAAUACUCGAUGCCGUCUCCACGGAGAACACGCACACAUACAGCAGCCAAGCGCUGAUGGGUGGCUUCUACUAUGUGCAGGGACUGCACGCCUUCCACAAGAACAGCUUCCAUGAGGCCAAACGCUUUCUGCGCGAAACCUUGAAAAUGGCCAAUGCCGAGGAUUUAAAUCGCCUGACCAGUUGCUCGCUGGUGCUGCUUUCGCACGUCUUUCUGAGCAUAGGCAACUCUAAGGAGAGCAUGAACAUGGUGACGCCAGCCAUGCAGCUGGCCAGCAAAAUACCCGACAUACAUGUACAACUGUGGGGCUCGGCAAUACUCAAGGAUCUGCAUCGCAUGUCCAAGGAUGUGCAGCACGAGAAGGAGGCGUAUGCAAACCAUGUCAAAUACUCAGAGAACCUGAUUGCCGAUCAGCGCAAGUGCGUCCAAAGCUCGCAUCACGAACUGGUCAAUUGGUUUCAAGGUGAUCCGCCCGUAACGAGUGGCGCUUCCUUGGCUAGUCUGCUGCCCGUUGCUGCCGCAGAGACGUCUACGACGGCGGCGACGCCGCAAUUUGGACAGUUCUAUUAG